ACACCGUCAGUUCACUCAGUUGAUUGUCUGGACCCUGUUGGAGAGGUUGUAUCGUUUUCAAAAAUCCAAUUUUGAAGUACUUUCCCUUUGAGUGAAACUUUUAUGAGUGUUGACACAGAGCUCUGGGACCUGAGCGACCCCCCCACACCUCCUCAUUUGCCAGGGGACACACCCACACCACUUAACACAUCCACGUUCAACCACCAUUUCCCGUUGGAGAGAGAGACCUUUUGGGAAUGAGUAAGUGACUAUGCCUCCCGCUGUAUGUGACACAAUGGCCUUCCAUGCUUCCGCUGCCCUUGCUGCUGCCUCGUCUCCACCAAUGUUUCCCGGGCUCAUGUCACAUCCGUCAGUGUCGUCUUCAUCAUCACUAAUGUCACCGCCCAUGGGGUCGGGAGCCUUCACUGGCCUUCCGCCUCCCAGUCUGGCGCAUAGUUAUCCCGGUCUUUUUGCCAGGGGAAUGUUUGGAGGCAUGCCACGCCUCCCAGUGCCACCGCAAGAAGAAGACGACGGUGUCAAAGACGAUCCCAAAGUGACCCUUGAAGCCAAGGAGCUAUGGCAGAGUUUCGCGCAAUAUGGAACUGAAAUGGUCAUCACGAAAACUGGAAGACAAAUGUUUCCCCACCUCAAGUUCAAAGUCUCCGGAUUGGAUGAAAAGUCAAAAUAUAUUCUCCUUUUGGAUGUAGUGGCUGCGGACGAUUACCGCUACAAGUUCCACAACAGUCGAUGGGUGAUUGCGGGUAAAGCCGAUCCCGAGAUGCCAAAGCGAAUGUAUAUUCACCCUGAUAGUCCAGCCACGGGCGAUCAAUGGAUGCAAAAAAUCAUCUCCUUCCAUAAGCUCAAGCUGACCAACAACAUAUCAGACAAGCACGGAUUGACUAUUCUCAACUCCAUGCACAAGUACCAGCCCAGAUUUCACCUUGUCAGAGCCAAUGAUAUAAUGCAACUCCCGUACUCCACAUUUCGGACCUACGUGUUUAACGAGACUCAGUUCAUCGCUGUGACCGCCUACCAAAACGAGAAGAUCACCCAACUCAAAAUCGAUCACAACCCCUUUGCCAAAGGCUUCAGAGAGACCGGCCAUGCUCGAUCCCAGAAAAAAAGGCCCGGUUCACCAUCUCAGCAAGGCAAUCGACUUCCGGCAUCCUACCAGUCCUUGCAAGAGCGCAUUGCCUCUAAUUCCUCCAGUGCCGAAGAGAGUAUCCGAGCCUCGCCUCAACGAGCCUCUCAUAGUGAGCCCCGCAGGGCGUUUGACGUCAGUUCUUUGAUCGGUGAACCCGAUUCACCGCCGCGUCGGGCCACACCACCCACUCCACCCACCUCGUACCCUAGUCCAAAUCUUAGUGUGGGACCACCACCCGCUCUACCUCCUCAACACGGUGUCCCACCAUUUCCCAAUCCAUAUUUGCACCCGGGUUUCUACCAACAUUUGGCUGCAGCUGCGGCGGGAGGUUUCAAUCCCAUGCUUGCCCAGCUGGCCCUAAAUCCUCUGUUGUCGGCUGCCUAUGGCGGCAACAAUUUUACCGCGGCUGCAGCUGUGGAUCGACUCCGGCAGCACCGCUUCUCGCCCUAUAACCCGCCCUCAUCUCCACCCUUAAGCCACCGGAGCUCCCCACCCUCCUCGGCGUUCCACCCUAUCGCACCCAAACACUUCUCACCGCCGUUGAAUGGGCGGAGCAGUCCUAGUAAUAGCCCCAAACAAAUCAGUCCCGCCUCAUCGCCUCUGGCAGUGAAGCCUGAACGGAGAGACCCUCCUGGCAAUGACAAUAGGAGGUCGAGUUCGCCACAGAUCAAAUCCGAGAAGGAGGAUGACGACCAGCACCCUCACCACCACCACCUUCAUCAUCACCACCAACAGCAUCCCCACCAUAAGGAGCACCUAACGGCGGCGGCGUCUUUGAAGGCUCAUAUUACCAAGACAACUUCGCCGUCCCAAGCCAACUCAUCCAAUAGUGAACUGAAGAAUAUGGAGAAGCUAAUCAACGGAUUAAAGGAUCAGCAAAAAGCAUCCUGAAGAACAUGUCAAAAUACUCGUCUCGUUAUCCUUCCCCCUUUGGAAAUUCACAACCAUUCGCUUGGGUUCGCUUUCUCAACUCUGAACCUUUGUUUCCUUUCGUGUGUUUUCUAGAUAUUUAUUUCAAUAAAAACUUUCUCAAUCUC